AUGACCGCCGACAACGGAUCAGCACGUCUUUGUGCAACUGCAACAGAUCUACUCGUUGUCCAUGGUCCUGGGUACGCUGUGGCGGUGGCCACAACUCGGUGUUCCUCCACACGGUAUCCAGGCAAUGACAAGAAUUGGCUCGAGGCGUACACCAAUCCAGUCGGUGCCACAUACUAUGGUGUCGAGUGCACCCGCACAACCUUCUACCAGAAGUUUUUUCAUGAAUUGCCUUCACUGGCAGACUCGAUAGAAGAAGGCAAAGCGGAGCUUGAAGAAGACCGGGUGGACCUCAAUACCUGGAACAGUCAAGCUCGAGUAUUCGCCCAUGACGCGGCUCACUACAACUGUUUCAUUGACGCCGAUGGGACGGUCCCCUUUGUUGACGACCUGACGGCAACCCUCUGA